GCAGGUGCUCGUGAUGUGACAACUUGGCAGUGAUUUUGGAAAUGUUUCAUCCUUUCAAUUAGAUUUAUCAGUAAAAGUAAUAUUUGUAUCUUAAUUAGAGAUGUUAACAAAAUUUGAAACGAAGUCGGCUCGGGUGAAGGGAAUUUCCUUUCACCCAAAGCGGCCGUGGGUUCUCUCAAGUCUUCACAGCGGUGUGAUACAGUUAUGGGAUUAUCGUAUGUGCACUUUGCUUGAAAAAUUUGAUGAACAUGAUGGACCUGUGAGAGGCAUAUGUUUUCAUAACCAGCAACCUAUAUUUGUGUCUGGAGGAGAUGAUUUUAAAAUUAAGGUUUGGAACUACAAGCAAAGGCGAUGUAUAUUCACUCUCUUGGGACAUGUUGAUUACAUUCGCACCACAGUAUUCCAUCCAGAGUAUCCUUGGAUUUUGAGCGCCUCUGAUGACCAGACAAUUAGAAUUUGGAAUUGGCAAAGUCGGAACUCGAUAUGCGUUCUGACAGGGCACAAUCAUUACGUUAUGUGUGCUCAAUUCCACCCAAGCGAAGACAUCAUCGUUUCUGCCUCAUUGGAUCAAACUGUCCGCGUGUGGGAUAUAUCAGGACUUAGGAAGAAGAAUGUGGCUCCUGGUCCAGGAGGUUUAGAGGAACACUUGAAAAAUCCCUCGGCGACAGAUUUGUUUGGUCAAGCGGACGCUGUUGUGAAACAUGUCCUGGAAGGUCAUGAUCGUGGGGUGAACUGGGCUUGCUUCCACCCUUCCUUGCCUCUCAUCGUCUCUGGAGCUGAUGAUCGUCAGAUCAAGUUAUGGAGGAUGAAUGAUGCAAAGGCAUGGGAAGUGGACACAUGCCGUGGUCAUUACAACAAUGUCUCCUGUGUACUGUUUCAUCCUCGACAAGAACUGAUAAUUUCCAACUCGGAAGACAAAAGUAUGCGUGUCUGGGACAUGACGAAACGAACAUGUCUACACACUUUCCGCAGGGAACAUGAUAGAUUUUGGGUGUUAGCCUCUCAUCCGAAUCUUAAUUUGUUCGCUGCCGGCCACGAUUCAGGAAUGGUUAUCUUCAAGUUAGAAAGAGAAAGACCUGCAUAUGCCAUCCAUGGAAAUAUUCUGUAUUAUGUCAAGGACAGAUUUCUGCGAAAAUUGGACUUCACCACCUCACAAGACUUUGUAGUUAUGCAACUACGAGGAGGUGUUAAGUUUCCCCCCUAUAGCAUUGCAUACAAUCCAGCCGAAAAUGCAGUGCUUGUUUGCAGCCGUCAAUCUAAUGUGGAGAAUAGCUUCUACGAUUUAUUCACAAUUCCAGCUGAGGCAACAGAGUCCUCCAGUGGGCAUGUCGAAACUUGCGACUCCAAACGAGCCACUGGUCUCACAGCUGUGUGGGUGGCGCGGAACAGAUUUGCUGUUUUAGACCGAUCCCAUUCCAUUGUCAUCAAGAACUUAAAAAACGAACUCACCAAGAAAGUGGUGACCCCUAGUUGCGAUGAAAUCUUCUAUGCUGGCACAGGAACUUUGCUAUUGAGAGAUUCCGAUGGAGUCACUCUCUUCGAUGUCCACCAAAAACGAACUUUGGCUCACAUUAAAAUAGCAAAGUGCCGUUAUGCAAUAUGGUCACCUGACAUGGCUCAUGUUGCACUGUUGGCAAAACAUACAGUAUUGAUUGCAAACCGUAAAUUGGAGUCUUAUUGUUCAAUCCAUGAAAAUACCAGAGUCAAAUCUGGUGCUUGGGAUGAGUCAGGUGUCUUCAUCUACACGACCAGCAACCACAUCAAAUAUGCAAUUCUUAAUGGGGAUCAUGGUAUUAUUCGGACUCUUGAUCUCCCGAUCUACAUCACCAAAGUUAAAGGGAAUCAAGUAUUCUGUCUGGAUCGUGAAUGCAGACCGCGCGUACUGAACAUUGACCCGACAGAAUAUCGUUUUAAGCUUGCGCUCAUAAACCAAAACUACGAUGAGGUUUUGUACAUGGUCAAGAACUCUCGUCUGGUAGGUCAGUCGAUCAUCGCGUACUUGCAGCAAAAGGGAUAUCCUGAGGUUGCCCUUCAUUUUGUGAAAGAUGAUAAGACACGAUUUGCUCUUGCCUUGGAGUGUGGAAACAUCGAAGUUGCUUUGGAAGCUGCUCGGGCAAUGGAAGACAAGAAGUCCUGGGAACGUUUGGGUCAAGCUGCCCUUUUGCAAGGAAAUCACCAAGUAGUAGAAAUGUGCUACCAACGGACUAAGAAUUUCGACAAGCUUUCAUUUUUAUAUCUGAUCACCGGCAACUUAGAAAAAUUGCGCAAAAUGAUGAAAAUUGCUGAGAUAAGGAAAGAUUUCUCCGGGCAGUAUCAAGGUGCUUUAUUAUUAGGUGAUAUUGCAGAAAGAAUUAAAAUCCUGAAGAAUUGCAACCAGAUGUCACUUGCAUACUUGACAGCUGCAACCCAUGGCCUUACAGAAGAAGCUGAGACCUUAUCUUCUCAAAUUUCUGGAAAUCUCCCGGAAGUCAACUCAUCGGCUACCCUUCUAAAACCACCGGUCCCCAUCAUCCAAGCAGAAACUAACUGGCCUUUACUCCAUGUUUCCAAGGGCCUGUUUGAGGGAGCCAUGGCUGCAAGUGCUAAAGUGAAUUCUGCAGCAACUGGUGUCAUGGCCGCUGUCAGUGCUCUUGAUAGCGACGGAGUGGAAGCUGGUUGGGGAGCUGAUGCCGAGCUGGGACUAGACGAUGAGGAGGGUGAAGCCGGUGUCGCACCAACCACACAAGAACCGCCAGAAGAAGGUAGUGGCUGGGAUGUAGAUGACGAUGAUCUUGAGCUUCCACCAGACACAGAUGUCCAGGCAACAGGUGAUGAUGCGGGAAGUUACUAUGCUCCGCCCUCUCGUGGAAUAUCACAAGCUCAAGUAUGGGCGAAUAAUUCUCAGCUAGUCAUUGAUCAUGUUAUGGCAGGCUCAUUUGAAACUGCUUUCCGACUUCUCAGAGAACAGAUUGGAGUGGUUAAUUUCGAACCCUACCGCGUACACUUCCUGUCAGCAUUUAGUAGAUCAAGAACAUCGUAUCAGCAGCUUCCAGGAUUUCCGUCGCUCUCCAGUUAUCCACAGCGCAACUGGAAAGAGGCCGGACCUAAAGGAGGCUUACCAGCCACUUGUCUGAAACUGGAGACUCUGGUCGGCAGACUCCAAAAUUGUUAUCAGCAAACAACUCUGGGGAAAUUCGCUGAGGCCAUCACGGAGUUUCGCAGUUUGCUGCUGAGUAUCCCUCUGCUCGUCGUUGCGACAAAGCAGAAUCUUCUGGAGGCUCAGCAAUUACUGAAAAUCUGUAAAGAGUACAUCGUAGGUUCACAAAUGGAACUCUAUAGGAAAGAAUUACCAAAAACAACCCUAGAUAAUCAAAAGAAAAAUUGCGAAUUAGCAGCGUAUUUCACUCAUGUCGAGCUACAACCUGUCCAUCAAAUUCUAACGUUGAGAACAGCUGUUAAUGUUUUCUUCAAGCUUAAAAACUACAAAACUGCCGCCUCGUUUGCAAGAAGACUAUUGGAGUUGGGUCCAAGGCCUGAUGUCGCUCAACAAGCCAAGAAGAUUCUUCAGGCUUGCGAUAAAACGCCUGUUGAUGAGCACCAACUCAACUAUGAUGAGCACAAUCCGUUCAACAUCUGCGCAAGGACGUACACCCCUAUUUAUCGAGGCAAACCAGAGGAGAAGUGUCCAUUCUGUGGAGCAACGUACAUGCCGGAGUUUAAAGAAUCACUAUGCAAUGUCUGUCAAGUUGCAGAAAUCGGACGUGAUAGCUCAGGCCUAAAAUUGGUCGUUAAUGCCCCUCCUCAAAAACCAUAUUAAGACCAUGGGAAAUGGUAAUUUUUUGGUGAAACAAAAAUUUGACUGGCCUGCAAGGAUCAGGUAUUUUUGUCUGUAUUUUGUGAUCUUGACGCUUCAGCGGCCCAUCAGCUUUCAGUCGUUAAUUGAUUUCUGACUGGGAAUGUGUAAUAGUUACAAAAGGUGAAUUUAAAAAAAGCUUCUCGAACCUUCUCAAUGUUAGAACGUGUUUGAAUUUAAUGAUGAGUUUGUUAAGAGAAUAGUUCUCCCAGCUAUCUCAAUUUUACACCUCAUCAAACCCAAAUUUUAUUUUGUACAAAUUGUAGAUACCUAGUUUUUAUUGUAUUGGUCUAACGGUUGAUUUUUGUAAAAAUUUUAAAAAAAUGUCAUUAACUUGUAACUUCCUUGGAAACAAGGGAGGAUGCCAGAACUAUACGCUUUGUAAUUAUCUCAUGGACUAAGAUUGACUUGAAUAUCAGUGCAAUGGCCAGAUUUAUCAUGGCUUAAUCGGAGUUUCUACUAAUUGUGUUACGUUUUGAGCAAGUACCAAUUCUAUUUAAGUAUCUUCAUUAGUCCUGUUCCAUUUACAAUUUGAUAUAUUUGCAUUUAAGAGUAUCAUUUUUAUACCCUUUAUUCAAUCGAACUAUGUAUUGCAGUAUGCAUGGAAAAGCAAGUUUUCGUAUUCGGAAAAUAAUUUGUACUACUGACACUAUUUCAAUAGGCAUCAACUUGCUUUUAUUUAUACAAGUUUUUUGGUUUUACUUAAACUUCUUCAAAAAAUAAAACCAGGCAAAAAGCACAGUUGUAUUGAGUCGGCUAUGUUUGGAAGUCAAAAUCUCAAAAAUAAAAGUUUCCAUAUUGUAGUCGUUAUUUCUUCUAUUAAUAAAAUUAAUCUAACUUGAGUUGAGCUUCUUGUCAGCUGUACCUCUACCAGUAUUUCAGGGUAAAUUGAGUUAGGAGUUUUUCAUAAUACCUUGGAAACGAAUAUCAAUCGCUCCCUACAGUACCAAUUUUUCGAUAAUAGCUUGAGCAAGACUCAAAAUUUGUCAGUUCAAAGCAAGUGUGAUGUUUAUUGAAAUGAUGUAUGUCACUGGGAAGAAUGCAAGCCUUGGUUUUUAUUUGUUCUUAUUUAUAUCAUCAUAUUUUUUUUUAAACUUUCGGGGCACCCUCAGUAUUAGACCUUAUGAUUCUUCCUAUCUAAUUUGUUGUUGAAGUGCUUUUUUUUUUUUUUAAUUUGUCCAUGUUAUUGAGCGUAUGUUGAGGAAAAAUAAAUAUUUUUAAAUUUUU